AUGAAUGAGAAUUUUGACACAAUAGAAAUGGAGAAAAUACUAGAUGGAAUGUAUGUUCGUGUUAAUGGACACUUGAAGAGCUUUAAAGGUGUCAAGCAAUUAGUUGCCUUCUCUGUCAGGCCUGUGACAAACUUCGAUGAGGUUGCCUUCCAUUUUGUUGAUUGCAUACAUAACCACUUGCAAUCUAAAUCACAGUUGCAAGGAGUUACCCCGACCCAGCCUCAGUCAGGGGAUAUAUCCUUGAGCAUUCCUGUGAAGAAUGAAUCAAGUGAAUCAAGUGGAUAUCAGACAGCCCCAUCUAGUCAAUUAUCUGGGCAAUUUAGCAGUGAUGGGCUCAAGAGCUGUGAUCAAUUGGUCCUUGACUAUCUGCAGCAGCCUUCAAGCAUUGGACAGGAAAAGGGGAUACACAGGGAUGAACUUUCACGGCAGCUAAAACUUCCUGUGGAUAAGAUUAUGGAAUCAAUUAGGGCUCUUGAGGAGGAGGGUUUGAUAUACUCCACUAUUGAUGAGUUUCACUACAAGUCAACCACAUGUGGUUGAUAUUCUUGAGGUUUGAACUUGCGCUAGGGUUGGGUGUGAACGCCGUUGCUGUUUUAUUUUUCUAGUCUUGUCUGGUCUGGAGUGUGUACAUAUCUAAUUAAUUAGAUGCUUUUAUUGGGUGUUCUUUCCAAUGAUCAUCCCAUUCUCGGUUCUGACACCCAUUGCAAAUUGAAACUUCUCUUA